CCCCCCAAAAAAACCCACCCCAGCCACCAUGGAGGUGACAUCCCCCCGUCCUGGGCUACUGCUGGCCACCCUCUGCCUCCUCGCGUCCCACGGAGGACCAGCAGCUUUCCUCAUCACCACCCCCUACUCGCUCUGCAUCUGCCCCGAGGGCCAGAACGUCACCCUGACCUGCCGGAUCAGCGGUCCCUUGGCCGACCACCACGACCUCCUCUACAAAACCUGGUACUUCAGCAGCAACGGCGACCAGAGCUGCUCCGAGAAGAAGCACAUCCGCAACGUCACCGAGAAGGAGCUGCACCACAACCUGGGCAGGCAUCACGAGCUGCUGGGCAACGGCACCCAAAAAUACCCCCUCAGGGGCCAAGGCAGCCAUCACGGGGUGGAAUUUGUCCCCGACCACCACGGUGCCUUUCACAUCGUGGUGAUGAACCUGACGCUGCAGGACAGUGGGAAUUACUGCUGCUAUGCCGUGGAGGCCAGGUGGGAGCACGGCAAACCCCAUACCCUGCAAGUCGCCCAUGGCUUCGUGGAGCUGCAAAUCCAGCAAGGCAGAGGAAGGCUUCAAAACUGCACGUUUCAUACCGCCACAAGCAAAGAUAUCACGGCCGCCGCGCUGGCGACGGGUGCCUGCAUCGUGGGCAUCCUCUGCCUGCCCCUCAUCUUGCUCCUGAUCUACAAGCAGAGACAAGCGGUCAGCAGCAGACGUGCCCAUGAGCUUGUCAGGAUGGAGAGCAGCGCCCAGGGCAUCGAAAACCCCGUCUUCGAGGAGGUCCCCUCAGCGAGUGUGGAGCCACGACCCCGACCCCAGCUCUCCUACAUGGCCACCCGACUGCCCUCCGAAUCUGGCCGGCAUCUCCUCUCUGAGCCCAGCACCCCCCUGUCCCCCCCUGGCCCUGGGGAGUGCUUUUUCCCCACGCUGGAUCCUGUUCCUGACUCACCAAAUUCCUUGAAAGCCUAAAGAGCCCCGGAGGAAACCGCAGCCCCCAGCCGCAGCCCGGGGGGACCAGGCAGCCACCGCUCCGUGAUGGACCAGCCGAGACCAGAUGGACAGCAUGACCAUGAGCCUUAAAAAAUGAAGCUGAGUGCAGGAGCUCUGCCCUCCCCUCCUGUCCUGGCUCUGCCCUGGGGCUGGAAUUGAACCCACUCUCACCUGGAUUUUGGUUUUUUCACUCCCUGUUUCUAUGGAGAAAGAGCCUGGCUCUGUACUGCUUGCGUUUUACGGACUAGCUGAAUACAGGGGGAAAGAAGGACGACCUGCACCUGCAAACCUCCCCCAGGAUCUAACUUAUUGCCAGGGGUUUAAUCUCUGCAACGUCAACCCGUUUCUGCAUCUUUGACUGAGCAUCCUCUCCGGGAGCGGAUGGUGAAGUACUUUAUCCGCCGCAAGACAAAACAGGGUCACCGGCCACCCUUAUACUACCUUUUUUCUUUGCAAAACAGGAAGGGGAGAGGCUCCCCGCUGCUGAUGGAGCCCUCCUUCCUCACCAGCCUUUUGAGGCAGCCACGGACUUACGGGGCUGCCCUGUUUGCAAUGGGACACACAUCUGGAGGAGCCUGAUUUCUACCGCAAUUUUAUCCUGGGCUUGGGAUCACGGGAAUUUAUCUUUCUGGUUUGUUUCACUAUCAGUGCUGAUUAAAAGAAAAAAA